AUGCCCCGCCGAAAGCAGAGAUCUAUCGGCACACCAUCGCGCGCACCCCCUGAGACCGACGUCGAAUUUGGGUUAUCAGAUACAGUCCUGCAAGCGCUUCAAGGCCCUUCUGUCGCAGUUCAGGCAAAAUCUUCGUCAUGGACGUUACCACAGGAGCUCCUUUGCCGCUAUUCGAAGUAUUUCAGAGAUAUCCUCCGAUGUCAGUCUGAAAUAAGCCUUAUCAGGCUCCCUGAAGAGUGGGAUCCAGAAUCCUUCUCGCUUUUCGUCGAAUGGGUACUCAGCGGACUCUACCGGAAACGCAGUGGCUACCUACGAUGGGAUGUGGCGAACCUCGGACGGCCGAUCGAAUCUAACGAAACGUACGAUGACGCUGUGGAAUGGGAACGUAAGGCUUGUAUAUGGGCCUGGGUUGUCGGAUAUCUACUCGAGGCGCCGGAGUUCAUGAACUAUGCCAUGCGGACGAUCUUUCGAAUCUGGAUGGCCACAGUGGACGACCACCAUUACAAUGACACCUUCUUCCACCCUCAUGCAGGGAUAUACGCCUCUAAGGAAUGGGGCGAUCGUCCGUCUGCCCUUCGCGACUUCGUCCACAACUUGGUUCUCAUCAACUGGGGUGAUGACUCCAACUUCGACCACGGAGACAAGACAUGGUUGAAGUUCUUCAAUGAGAACCCGGAGGUGAGAGACGAUGUUCUCCUGAGUAUGGCACAAACUUCCGCAGACCGCUGGAACAGUCGAAGGGACCAGCUCAAGCUCGAAAAGUAUCUGGUAGAUGAGGAUUUAGGCCCGGAGAUCAAGAAGGAAGAAUAGGUCGUUAACGGUGCCAAACACGCAUCUGAUAUCCGAAGCGUUCAUCUACUUUGGAUAGUCGGCAACAUUUGGGACGCUUGUUGAGUUAUACACAUGUUUAAUCAACGGUCAGAGUGGCACUAUUGUGGAUUCUGGCACCGACUCCUCCUUUUGCUACUUUUAGUUGGAAUUAGCGAAAGCCAUUGAAGGUAUCCCACGGCAGUU